GAGGCAGUUUCCGGUUUGACGUCACCGACGUGAGUUUUUUUCCGUUGGCAGUCUAAACACGCAGAGAUGCCCCUCGCAAAAGAUCUGCUGAACCCCAGUCCGGAGGAGGAAAAGAGGAGACACAAGAAAAAACGACUCGUUCAGAGUCCUAACUCCUAUUUCAUGGACGUGAAGUGUCCAGGUUGCUACAAGAUCACCACAGUGUUCAGUCACGCGCAGACUGUAGUGCUGUGUGUCGGCUGUUCCACAGUUCUGUGUCAGCCGACGGGAGGAAAGGCUCGCCUGACAGAAGGAUGCUCCUUCAGGAGGAAACAACACUAGUUUGAGCAGACGUGGCUGCACCGAUUGGAGGUCAAACUUUGAUGGACAUCGAGUGACCGCCCAAAGAUGUGACGCAGGAAGAGACAACGGCACGAGAGUGAAUCAUGGAACAGUCAUCCGUCUGUAAAUGAUCCACAGAGACGCCUCUGGCCUUGAUGAAAACCCCACAGAUAUCUUUCUUUUGUUCUCUCUGAAUAAACUUGGGGUUCUUUUGAUGGAUUUGCCUUACAUGCUUGUCAUCCAGUUUAUCUUUUAUCACUUAAAGAUUUUUAAACGUAAUUCGUUCGGUAAACACAUCUAUCAUCUCGCAAGCUGUUAAAUAUAAGAGUUUAAUUAAAAGCUAUAAAUCCAGAUUAUUGAUGCACACUUGUAGUGUUUUAUCCUUCACUGAGAAGAGUUGAUGGCCAGAGAUGGGGCUUGCAGUGCAACAGAUUUAUGCAAAUUUAGUUUAAAAACGCUACAGCAGUUUAAGACUGGCCAAAGUGACAAAUACAACCAGGAAAAUGUAAUUAGCUGCAGUUUGAUUCUGUAAAAACAGUUCUCUUUAACAAACCGACACUUUCCAGUUCCACAAAGUCACUUUUGUAUUUUUGUAGACCAAUGUUGGCGUCACUGAUGCAGAGGUCCUUUUAUUACUGAGCUGGGUCUUAGACAAGUGAUUACUGCUUCUGCUUCUUCAACUCAGCGCAUUAGGGCGAUGCAUACUAAUGAGAGGAGUGCAAUUAUGAACUUUAGCCUCCUGAGGAAACGACGCAGGAGGAGUUCCUGUGUAGUCGCAAAUAAAACGAAAAAACAAGGAUUGUUGGGUUUCGUGACCUACAAGCACUUUUAUUUGUUUGGAAAACUUGUUGGUCUUAGUAAUAGGAAGAGGGGUGAUUAAAUGACAAGCUUACUGUUUCUAUGGCUACAAAUUGUGUGUUGGACACAACUUGCUAAUAAAAUCAUGGUUAACAGGAA